CACCUAAUUUAUCAAACUCCUUUCAACUGUUCCCAUUCUCCCAGCACUUGUUCCUGCGAAUCCUUCAAAAAUGGCGAUACACCUCUGCUCUGAAAAUUCCGGCACCGGAACUAACAUCACGAUGAGCCCUCGAAUUUCAUUCUCUCAUGAUCUCUCCCAUUCCGAUACAGUCCCCGUCGAACAACUUCUCCGAUCAUUUUCAUCCUCCUCCACCGUCGAUUUCAAUUUCUGCGUUCAACAAAAUCCCUACCACCAUCACGCUUCCAUGGCCGACGAGCUUUUCUCCGACGGAAAAAUCAUCCCGACUCAAAUCAAACAACAUCCACCACCACCACCAACACUACCGCCACGACAAUCACCAUCUCUGAACCGAAAUCCACCGCCGCGGAUUGAGGAGGAACCACAGAACUCAUCGAGAUCAUUUUGGGGAUUUAAGAGAAGCAGCAGUUGCGGAAACGGAUACGCCCGAAGUUUAUGCCCGAUUCCUCUGUUAUCUCGGAGCAAUUCAACCGGAUCAUCAUCAACAAACACGAAGCGACCAUCGUCUUCAAAAGAAGGUUAGAGAUGAUUGGGUGAAAGAUUACAGCAAAUAUGAGGCUAAAUUAGGGUUUCUUUGUUUGGAAUUUGGGGUGUAUGAUCACAUGCAAUUGGGGUUUUUCCUGAUUAAAAAAAAGGCAAGAUUUGCUUUCAUGGGGUUGUUUUGUUUAGGUGUCAUUUGGAUGUAUGUUACAAAUGGUGUGAUAUGGAUAUUGGGUUUGGUUUGAUUCUUCUAAAUUUGUUUUCUUUAUUUGUUUCUUGAUGACAAAAUGUAGUCUAAUAUGUGUUUGUGGCAUUGCAUAUUUUAUUAUUUAUGUGAAGUUUCGUGUUUGAU